AUGUUUCACUUCACCGUGGGGUCGUUGAAAAACCUCAACUCGUGGUAUGCCAAGGGCACCAUGCGGGGCGGGGUGCCGCGCAUUUACUACGCGUGGAUGCGCCCUGGAAGCUUUACGCGGCGCCGUUUUGAGAAGAUGCGUAAUCCAUUUGUAGAUUUGGAGACGGGAACAUCCCUCUACUUCCGCGAUACCCGUGAUUCGGCGGAGGCGGUGGCGCAUGCCGCGGACUCCAAAGGCCUGAAGGGGAUGGAUAACGCCAUUGACUUGUACAACGAGUACCGCAUUGUACCGGAUCUUUACCCCGAAGGAUUUCAAUGGAAGCACAAGUUAAAUACGGAGUACAACCAGUGGCGCUCAAACACAUGGCUGACUCCCGAUUUGAUUCCUCAAGAGCAUCGAGGACGCUUUCUUUGUAAUUUCCAAUUAAACAUCGUGGCAUACGACAUGCGCGUUGUGAAAUUUAGUCCAAAGGAUCACCGGCAGUGGAUCUACUGCGUCUUGUAUGUGGGAAGUGGUAAAGGAAUAGCGGGAUGGGGUCGCGCCGUGGCGCCGAGUACGCAGGAAGCGAAGAAGGAAGCUAUACGGGAGGCCUUUUCUAAUAUCAUUGCGGUGGAUUUGGAACAGGAGGGACCCAUGUAUCCUGUGCGAGUCAACGCCGAUGGUGUGCGCGUGCUCCUUUACCCUGCUAAGCGCAUUGUGGCCAACUUUCGUGUGGCCGACAUUCUAUGUGCGUUUGGGUUUCAGCACGCUGGUUGUCGAAUAAAUUUGAAGGCGACAAAUAAUCCCAAGUCACCAACUCACACGGUGGAAGGCGUAUUUGAGGCAGUCAAGGCACUUCGUAGCGUGAGUGAAAUUGCCGCGAGUCGUGGUAAAGUUCCACACUCCCUCAUUUAUAAUAUCUACCCUUACUUGGAGGAGAUACGUCGUAGAAAGGGCAUGAUGGCGAUGCAUCCACCAGGCAAGGACGGUUUACUUAUGCCAGACCGUGUGGUGGACAAUCGACUCCCCGACCAUUUGAAGAAGGGUUACUACGACGAUGUGUACUGGAAAGACUUUUUUGCUGGUAGCCGGGAGCAUCUGAAUGAGCCAAAGAUGGGGCUCCGUGGAGAUGAGAUGCGGCAGCGGUUAGAAUCCGCACAGUCCCGUCCGAUCUCAUCGUCAACAGGCAGCGGACGACGGACACUGGAGGACGUGUUAAAGCGAUUAGGAAAAACGACAAAAGACCUGGGAUCCAUUCCUAUUGUGAACCCGCGGCUUGACAUCAAGCUGCCAACGCACAUCAAGCGCAAUUAUUCACUUCACUGA